AUGACCGACGUUAACGGUGAGGCAACUACCCUCGCAGUAGGAGAGCACAUUCGAGAAAGUAUUGACCAGGCUGAGACGACACUGUUGGAUUAUAAGGGAAGGAGAAGUGUGGCCGAGAAAUGGGUCGAUUUCGUUGAUAAUAGUAAGUGGCUUUCAAGUUUUCUUAUUGAUGCGAAGCACGUGAGCCCUCCAUGUGAAGUGCCUGGGUUGAUAUUCAUUAUAUCUGCUGUAUUACGGGGAUUCGGGCAAGUUGUUUUUCAGGAUAAUCCAUGGACGGGUCUGUUCGUUUGUAUUGCCGGUGGUUUGCCUCAUUGGCCUACCGCUAUCAUGGGCAUCAUUGGAUAUUGGUCGCUAGUGGCCUAUACGGUUUUAAUGGAGUUUUGCUGGGCUGGGGAUACUCAACCUUUGACAACAACAUACAACAGGCUCAUUCAUAUUCUCACAGCUAUUCUGCACGUGGUACUUCCUAAUGGAGGGCCUGCUUUGACAGCUCCGUUUUGUAUUACGGUGACCAUCUUGUUGGGAGCGAUGCUAUGGGAUUUCAUCGAUGGCGUAGUACACCUUUCAAAGAUCAUUGAUAAACUCUCCUUAUUGAGCAAGUUCCCUCAAAAAAGGCGACAAACCAACAGGUGA